GCAUUGACAAGUGGAUAUUUCUAAACAUUUUAGGUGAAAACAAGGGACGCAAUUUACAAUUUGGAAAAUAUUUCCAUUUUUGUGUUAAGUAAUUACAGUAUAUUUCAGUUGUGUACAGUAUUAGGGGAUAUUUAAAAAUUAAAAUGCCUGCAGAUCAAAUACAGUACUCAGAAAAGUACUUCGAUGCCAUUUAUGAAUACAGGCACGUUAUUCUUCCGCCGGACUUAACGAAGCUGGUACCAAAGUCUCAUUUAAUGAGUGAAACUGAAUGGCGAAAUUUAGGUGUGCAGCAGAGUCCAGGCUGGGUGCACUACAUGAUUCACGCGCCUGAACCUCAUGUGAUACUCUUCCGAAGGCCACGUACUGAUAUUCCAGAAACUGAGACGAAUAUCAACACCAAUAAUUCUGUUGCCAUAAACAAUACAAACAAAGAACAACCUGCAGCACAACAAAAACAGAUGAACGCUAACAAUAAUGUAUCAGUACAUGGAUAAUAAUGUUUCUGCAUAAAGUGGAAAUGCUACACAAAACAAGACACCUCGUUCAAAACAAGAUGUAUAAGAUAAUUAUAAUACAUUUUUAUUUUAUUUUUAAUUUCAAUCGUUUGCGAAAAAAUGGAAUAAUCCAUUGAAAAUGCAUGAACUACUCAGCGUUAGAAAUCAAAGAAUUAUAUUUAAUUUAAUAAAUAUGUAUAACACAUCGAUCUGUGAAUAGACUA